UCCCCAAGCUGAGAUUGAAAUGGGUCCAGUGGGAUCAGUGCCCCUGCUCAGUUAACCAAUUCAAAAUAAAUGUAUCUUAAUAUGAAGGAAAAAACAAGGGCAGAUCAAGGACAAUUUAGAGGUAUGUCUUUGCGCCAAAUGAGUGUCGAGAUAUCUGGCUUAAUCGCGAAUGUAAAAUGGAUUAAGUGAAUAAUCGAGAAAUGUACACCCUCAAACAGUUGCAGGGAAAAAUAAGACAUCUCAGCCAUCUAUCUUGGGAGACGAUUCUGUUUCAGCUAUUGUCAGUUUGAAAUGAUCGCCUCUUCUAAAACAAAUUCAGUCGAGCUCAACAGCAAAACCUCUCUCCCACCAAUACAAGACAUCAACAACAAUUUCCACGCAAUGCUACUGCAUUCAUACUUCACCGACCAAAGUCUCCGUGUUGCAGACAGAAAUAUUUUCAGCAGUUUACCGUGUUUGCGACAUGUUUCUGUGGGGACAUUAAAUGCUGCAGCACAAUAUAGCAGGGAGAGUAUUGUCUGUCCUAAAAAGAUAUUCUGAAGAGGAAGAAUUUGUUUUCCUAUAUAUAUUCUGCUAUUUGCAUGGAUUUCGUUUGAAUGCUCGUAGUUCACGGGGCUAGGACUUUUUCAUGUCUGUUGUUAAUGGAGGUAGCAUUAAGUGAAUAUAAUUUAAAUGCUGGAAUUGAAGGGAUGCAGGUGCCGUGAGAUCUUUUAUAUUCACCUGAGCUGCCAUCAACUUAAGACAAAUGAGGCCUUGGUUUAAUGCCUCAUCCAAAGGAAAACACACUCAGAUGAGUGCAACACUCCUCCCUCCAUGGUGCAGUGCAGUGUCCGUAAUCGAUCUACCUAGUGUGGAAAUGUAAUCCGCUGCCUUCUACACCAAAGGCACCAGAAGCCUUUGAAGACGUUGCAGUGUGUUUUACAGAUGAGGAAUGGAAAAUGUUAAAUAAACAGGAGAAGGAGUUACACAAAGAAGUGAUGAUGCAGAAUUAUGAAACCAUGAUUUCUGUUGGAUACAAUAUUCAAUUAGAGCAUCUGCUAUUAUUAAUAAAGAAAGAUGAAGAUGCCCCUGCUUAUGAAGAUCAGAAAGACACAAGUAAGCAUCGCAGUUCUCAUCAUGAAAAGAACAGCAGCAGUUAUAACAUUCCAAUUGAACACCUGGAAUCAUUGUCUAAAAGCAAUGAGAAACCUCAUUCUUUGGAAGUAAAAAAAGAAGAGCAUGGACAUCCCAUAGGCUAUCCUGAAAUGCCCCUGAGUGUCUGCCUUAAAGACGAGAAAGAUGAACAAAUUGUUCCUUGCAAAAUAAAGGGAGAAGAAAAGGAGUGCCAUAAAGAUCACUCUGAAGAACCCCCUAGCAUCUCUAGGUUUGAACACAUUGAUAUCAGUCAGCAGUCUACAGUUGGUGGCUGUUAUCUGAAUAAUAUGGAAAAAAAAUGUUGCAAUGCCCACUUUCAGAAGAUAUUUCAGAAUGUUUGUAUCUUUGCUGUACCACAGUGGGUUUCCAAAGGACCAAAUCUGAAUAGUUCUGCAGAGCUGGAAAAGCGUUUAGUCAGUGUUAAUACUCAGAGCAGCCCUCUCUAUAUUCCCAUUUUGCCAAAGACAUGCAAGUACAGUGGGAGUCAAAUCUCUUAUGUUCCCAGCACUGGUCAAAUAACAUGUCAAAGUACCUGUGCAGAAAGUUUGUAUCCAAGCAUAGAAUGUAAUGAAACCUUUAAUCAGACAUCUAAUCUGAAACUGCAUCAACCAGAUAAAAGUUAUGAUUUUGGUAGUGGGUUUAUGCAGCAGAGUAGCCAUAUAAGGCCGCAGCCAAUUUGUACUGAAGAUGGACAGUAUAAGUGUCCUCUCUGUUACAGGAUCAGUAAAAAACAAGAUCUCUUUCAGCAGCAUUGGUUGACUCAUACAGCUGAAAAGGCAUACAAGUGUUCGGAAUGCAGCAAGAGUUUCAGAGUGAGGAGCAGUCUGUUAUCACACCAAAGAAUUCAUACAGGAGAGAGACUGUAUAAGUGCACUGAAUGUGCCAAAUGCUUUAGAACUAGGAAUCACCUUUUAAGACAUCAGCAAAUUCACAGUGGAAAGAAACCGCAUAAGUGUACACAGUGUAACAAAAGCUUUAGAGAGCGGAAAAGGCUGUUAAUUCAUCUGCGGACCCAUACUGGUGAGAGGCCUUAUAAGUGUACAGAAUGCGACAAAACUUUUAUACAGCAGAUGAGCCUCUUAACACACAGCCGAAUUCACACUGGAGAAAGGCCGUACCAUUGUAAUGAAUGUGGCAAGAGUUUUAUUUUCAAGAGCACAUUUCUUGGGCAUCAGCGAACACACUUUACAGAAAAAACAUUCAAAUGUACUGAAUGUGACAAGAGUUUUAUUGCUCGGCGCAGUCUGUUAUCUCACCAACAAAUUCACAGUGGUAAGAGAUAUAACUGCACAGAAUGUAAUAAAAGCUACAGUCAUUUAAAUGGCCUUAAGAGGCAUCAAAAAGUCCAUUCUGAGAGCUACCAUUUAAAUUCUGAUGAAAAAACAUAUAAAUGUACUGAAUGUAAUAAAUGCUACAAAGCCCUGACUAGCCUAAUUGUACAUCGACGAAUUCACAGUAGUGAGAAAUUAUAUAAAUGUAUAGAAUGCAGCAAGAGUUUUACAGUACCUGGUAACUUAAUUAUCCAUCAGAGAAUGCAUACAGGUGAAAAACCACAUAAAUGCUUGAUGUGUAACAAAAGUUUUGCUGCUCGAGGUUACCUUACACACCAUCUGAAAAUUCACAGUGGAGACAGACCCUAUAAAUGUCUCAACUGUGGCAAAAGUUACAGUAAAAAGUCUUCCUUGUUAUUGCAUCAGGAAAUGCACUAUGAGGAUAGACCAUAUAAAUGUAGUGAUUGUGACAGAAGCUUUGCUAUACAGCUAAAUCUUUUAACUCACCAGCGAACUCAUGCAGAGGAUGUACCAUAUAAAUGUAGUGUAUGUGAAAAAGGUUUUGCCAUGCGGAGUUGGCUUAAAAGGCAUCAGAUUAUACAUACUAAAGAAAGACCACAUAAAUGCACUUUAUGUGACAAGAGUUUUACCUUGCACAGCAUGCUUUUAAAACAUCAAUGUAGUCACACUGGGGAAAAACCAUUUAAAUGCACUGAAUGUGACAAGUGUUGCACAGACAGGAGAAGUUUUUUGAGUCAUCUGCAGAUGCAUAGUGGAGUGAAACCGUACAAGUGUACUGAAUGUGAUAGAAGCUACAAAGCUAAGUCUAGCUUGGUAACACAUAUGCGAGCUCACAGUGAAGAAGUUAUGCAGUUGUUGGCAAAUCAAAAUGUGUCCAUUGAAGAUAAACCAUAUAAGUGUACUGAAUGUAACAAGAGUUAUAAGGCACAGACUAGCCUUAUAACACAUCGCCGAAUUCACAGUGGAAAGAAACUCUAUAAAUGUAGUGACUGUACUAAGAGCUUUACUUCACCAAGCAUAUUGGUACUGCAUCAGCGGGUCCAUACUGGAGAGAAACCAUAUAAAUGUACUCAGUGCAGUAAAAGUUUUACUUAUCAGACUAGCCUAAGAAACCACAAGCGAACUCACACUGGAGAGAAGCCAUAUAAGUGUGAAAAUUGCCACAAGAAUUUUUCUCGAAAGCCGGAUCCUAUAAGACAUAGAUGUAUACAGUGAAGUGGAGUGAUGUGGACAAAACCACUUAGAAAUUAUGGCAAUAUUUUGAGAAUAUUAUGCAUUUCAAAAUGGGAUGUUGAAUAUAAAUCCUGAAAGUGAAGAUUAAGUUUAAAAUUGUCAUCCAUUGAAAGGCAUUGCGAAGUGUGAGCUUUUCAACCCAACACUGACUUUAAUACAUUUUUGCAGGAUAUUCUUCUUUUGCUUCUUUUGACAUAGAAAAUAAAAAAAAUAGAAGGAAGUUGGAAAAAUCCUGUAAUUCAGUGUAGUGAAUGAAUACGUAUUUUAUUUAUUUUUC